AUGUAUGCCAACACCAACCGCUACCAUGAGAUGCUCAACAAUGUCAGGGACUUCCUGAAGCUUUACCAGGUUCCCAAAGGCCUGAGCGAGCGGGUCAUGGACUACAUUGUGUCCACCUGGUCCAUGUCAAAGGGCAUUGAUACAGAAAAGGUUUUCAACGAGCAUCCGGCUUUCAGGUUAGCCAGCGAUGGCUGCCUGCGCUCCCUGGCCGUGGAGUUCCAAACCAUCCACUGUGCCCCAGGAGACCUGAUCUUUCACUCAGGUGAAAGUGUGGACACCCUCUGCUUUGUAGUGUCCGGGUCCCUGGAAGUCAUCCAAGAUGACGAAGUAAUCGCCAUCUUAGGUACGUGA